AUGUCGAAUUCAUUUCUAGAUCGAACAUGGAAAGAGAUUGAGCCGGCCAUUCUUGUGAUCCUUGGUGACGAGAAAAACUCAUCUUUGGAUUCCAUGAUGUACACACAGACCUAUACUAAGGUUUACGAUUACUGCACUGCAUCCUCAUCCAGAAGACCAGCCGCUUCCAGCGUCGGAGUGGGGCCUGGCGACGGAUCAGUCCGUUUGGUGGGCGGAGAACUCUAUGCUAAAUUGAAAACCUAUCUCAGAUACUAUCUAGAGAACCUGAAACAGAAAGAGGGCGAGUCUUUCCUCCAAUUUUACAUCCGUGCAUGGGAAAGAUAUCUAAUCGGUUCCACAAGAUUGAAUGACGUCCUUGAUUAUAUCAACAGAUACUGGGUCACCAAGGAAAGAGGAGACGGCCACAGAGAGAUCUAUGACAUUCUGAGUCUGUGUCUUUUAUCGUGGAGAGAUUACAAGUUUCAUACCAACCUACAAAUACUCAUGUCGGAAAUCAUGGAACAGAUUCGGGACCAAAGACUUAACAAGAUUGAAUCUAUUGGAAAUUUAAGUGUGGCUAUCAAGUCAUUUGUGCUAUUAGGAUUUGACGUUAAUGACCUCAAGAAACAGAACUUGUCUGUUUAUAUUAAUGACUUCGAGAAAUCGUUCCUCACGGAGACCUACAACUUUUAUGCUGAAGAGUCCCAAAAUUUCAUCAAAGAGUACGGCGUUGUCAAUUAUCUUGUGAAGGCCGAGCAAAGAAUUGAAGAGGAACUGAAAAGAUUGGAGGAACUCAAUGACCACACAAGAAGACCUCUUAACGAUUGUUUGAACGAAGUUUUAAUCACCAACCAGGCUGACGUCAUUCGCCAGGAAUUGACCCCUCUACUUGAGCAGGCAAGAUACUCCGACAUCAAGAGAAUGCACCAUCUGUUGAAAAGAGUUCCAAUGACCAUCGACCCUCUUCUUCAACAGUUCCAAGCUUACAUCAGACAACAAGGUCUCAACGCUGUGGAGGAGUUGAAACAAGAAUUCGAGGCACAACAAAAGGAACAAGCUGCAUCUAACGAAGAGGAUGGGAAGUCAAAAGCCAAGAAGGGUUCAGUGUUUGAGAUCGAUGCCAAGACUUAUAUUCAGACGCUUUUAAAAGUUUACAGAAAGUUCCAGGCUGUGGUGAAGGAAUCUUUUGAGAAUAACGAGGCAUUUGUGAAGGCAUUGGAUAGCGCAUGUCAAGCUUUCAUCAACACAAACCCAAUUGCAACACCAAAGGACAAGUCAAAGUCGAAGACCCCGGAUUUGCUUGCCAAAUAUGCCGACGAGAUGCUCAGAAAGAAGCCAGAAGACAUGUCUGUCGACGAUCUCAUGACUGUAUUCAAAUUCAUAGAUGACAAGGAGAGCUUUGAGGUCUGGUACAGAAGAUUCUUGUCCAAGAGACUUAUGGGAUCGACCAUGAGUCCUGAGGACGGAGAAAGAGAGGAAUUGAUCAUUGGCAAGCUCAGAGCUGCCAACACCCAAGAAUACACUAAUAAGAUUACAAACAUGUUUAAUGACAUCAGAGUUUCGAGAGAUCUGGGCACUUUGUACAAGGAGACAAUCAUGCAGGAGUCCAAUCCGAAAGAGUACGUUUCUGACCUGGAGCCUCGGAUUCUUGAUUCUGGUGCUUGGCAGUCUAUUUUCAACAAGAGCAACGAGUCGAUUAUUUUGCCUCCAAUGCUUAUCAAUACGCAGGAGAAAUUUGCUUCUAUUUAUCAAUCCAAAUUCCCUGGACGUCAAUUGAGCUGGAUUUGGAACCGGUCGAAGGUGGAGUUGAAGGCCAACAUAUCGAAGCCUGGCAAACCACCAUUUUCGUUCACUGUUACAUUAUUUCAACUGGCUAUUCUGUAUCCAUUCAAUGAGGCCGAUACAUUGACUGGGGCCGAGCUACUUGAGUCCACGGCCGCGCCUGUGGACGUGUUCAAGGCCAACAUUGCGCCAUUAGUGAAGAACAAGCUUUUGAUCCAGAAUCCUCCUGGAGAGGACGCGAUCACGAAACCAAACACUUCGUUUACGAUAGUGAAGGAGUAUACCUCGAAGCGGAUCAAGGUGAAUUUUGCUCUUGGAGUCAAGAUUACGGACUCGAAGAACGAGGAGAAGGACACCAACACGGAGAUCCAGAUGAGACACCACGGUAUUUUGAAGGCAUCGAUUGUGCGGGUGAUGAAAGCUCGGAAGCACUACAAGCACGAGCAGCUAACUAGUGAGGUUUACAAGAUGGUUGAUCGGUUCAAGCCGACCGUUGCGGAUAUCAAGAAAGCCAUUGAGGUGUUGAUCGACGAGCAGUAUCUUGCUCGAGAUGACGACGGUACGGGAUAUGAAUAUUUGUCAUAA